AUGGAACCUGCCACGGAUUCUGAGAAAUUCCCAAACGAUCCUAAAAUUGACACCGACCCAAGCCAGAGUGAUGAUAGCAGCACUGAUGCACCGGCAAUUAACGAUACUGAAAAGCAACCUCAGGCUGACCUAGGGUCAGAAGAGUCACAUCGAAAAGAAGAGCGCGAUAUCGGAGGUUGGAAAUGGGUUGUCGUUGUACUGGCAAUUUACAGCUCGCAAUUCCUAUUCGCCCUCGACCAGACCAUCGUAGCCAACGUCCAACCCGCCAUUGUCGAGCAAUUCAACGCCGUGGACAGACUCUCAUGGGUCAGUGUUGCCUUUCUCAUUGGCGCAGCGGGAACAAACUUGGAACGUCCUUUGCACGUCGGCGGAGCGGGCCUGGUCUGGGACUCGUCUGCGACCUGGCGCUGGUCAUUCUACAUCAAUCUCUGUGUUGGUGCCGUCUGUGCCCCUGUCUACCUAUUCAUGUUGCCCAAUAAGGACCCGCGCCGCGGGACCGGCCUUGCCAACCGUGCUCGUGAGCUUGACUACUUGGGAACUAUCAUUCUGCUUGGUGCGUUCUUUUCGGGAGUCAUGGCCGUAUCAUUCGGUGGUGUCAUGUACUCGUGGGACUCGGGCAGGAUCAUUGGCCUCUUUUGCUGCUCUGGCGUGUUGUUCAUCCUAUUCGGUGUGCAACAGGCCUAUGCCAUCUUUACUACCCCUGUUCAUCGUAUCUUCCCCGUCGAAUUCCUCAAGAGCCGUAUCAUCUUGAUCUUGUUCGCCAUGACUGGAGCUGGCGGAACGGCCAUAUUUCUCCCCAUCUACAUGACACCUCUCUAUUUCCAGUUUAGUCGUGGAGAUGGAGCGCUUCAGUCUGGCGUUCGCCUUUUACCCUUUAUCAUGCUAAUGAUAUUUGCCACCAUUUCCAACGGCGCAAUCCUGUUCAAGGUGGGGUAUUACAUGCCUUGGUAUCUUGUCGGGGGUAUCCUAGUUGUCAUCGGUGGUGCGCUUAUGUUCACGGUGGAUACCGCGACAUCCGUCUCCAGUAUAUAUGGAUACACCGUCCUCAUCGGUAUCGGGGCUGGGCUAUUCUGCCAGGGAUCUUUUUCAAUUGGCCAAGCAAUUGUGAAGCCUGAAAUAGUUGCUGCAUCUAUUGGUUUUAUCUCAACUGGUCAAAUUAGUGGCACCACUUUAGCCCUCGCCCUUGCUAAUGCGGUAUUCCUCAACAAAAGUGAGGAUGGAAUCAUGGCCAUAUUACCAAAUACACCGAUUGCGGAGAUCCAGCAGACCAUCACUGAAGCCCGGUCUACACUUUUUGACAACUUGUCAGCGGAUGAUCGGCAGCGGGUGAUGGAUGUAAUCGUCUCUGCACUAAGCAGCACAUACGCCUUGGUCAUUACCGCUGGAUUGCUGGUCACUGUACUGAGUCUUUUGCUGAAGAGAGACAGGCUGUUUGUGACCCCUGCAGCAGCAGCCUGA